CAGUUGUUUCCUGGUUUCAUGUAAAAUUCAUGGAAUUAUACCUCUGCUUGAAGUGGCUUUCUCUCCUUACAGGAAAACCAUACAACAUCCAACAUGACUGCCAUAAGCAGCUCAAACACAGCUUUUGCCCUGGAGCUGUUCCGCACCCCGAGCCAAGGAAACCCCACCGGGAACAUCUUUGUGUCUCCACUGAGCAUCAGCUCGGCCCUGGUGAUGGUUUACCUGGGAGCUAAAGGAGCCACUGCAGCUCAGAUGGCACAGGCUCUAUCAUUCAGCCCAGGUGAAGGUGUCCACGCAGACUUCCAGGCACUAAACGCUGACAUCAACUCACCAUCUGCAUCAUACAUCCUGAAACUAGCUAAUCGUCUUUAUGGAGAAAAAACUGUCCCGUUCCUACCAACGUUCCAUGAAGCCGCUCAGAAGUACUACCAGGCAGACCUGAAGGUUGUUGAUUUCAUUGGGGCUCCAGAAGAGUGCAGAGUGGAGAUCAACAGCUGGGUUGAGCAGCAGACAGAAAGUAAGAUUAAAGAUCUUCUGGAGUCAGGAACAGUCGAUACAUUGACGAGACUGGCUCUGGUCAAUGCCAUCUACUUCAAAGGAAACUGGCUGAACCGCUUUGAGAAAGAAACGCUCAAGAUGCCCUUCAACAUUAACCAGAAUGAGACCAAGCCAGUCCAGAUGAUGUGCCAGAUGAAGGAGCUGCCCUACACCUACAUCCCUGAGCACGAUCUGCAGAUCCUGGAGCUACCGUACGUGGACGAGGAGCUUAGCAUGUUCAUCCUGCUGCCUAAGCUGUCUGCAGAUGGCUCUGACCCUCUGCUCAAGCUGGAGAAGGCGCAAACACAGGAGAAGCUGAGCGAAUGGACCAAGAGGGAAAACAUGGAUGUCCACAUAGAUAUUGUCCUUUACCUGCCAAAGUUCAUGCUGGAGGAAGACUACGAUCUGACUGAUCCCCUGUCUAAACUGGGCAUGACAGACGUGUUCUCCGAAGCGAAGGCCGACCUGUCUGGCAUGAAGGGUAAAAGAGGCCUCUUCCUGUCUACGGUAGCCCACAAGGCCUUUGUGGAGGUGAACGAGGAGGGCACGGAAGCAGCUGCAGCCACAGCCACAGCCACAGGAGACAUGAUGGUGUGUGGUAUACCGAUACACUUCAAAGCAGACCACCCCUUCAUGUUCUUCAUCAAGCACAAUAAGAGCAACUCCAUCCUCUUCCUCGGCAGGCUCUCAUCUCCUUAGGAGACAGGACCAGCAGAGGAAGAUGUUGGACCACUUCAAAUAAAAAAAAUAUGCAACAUGUUCUAAAAGGCUUUAUUUUUUGUUUUGCUUAUUAAAGGCCUGUAUUUGCG